AUGACUACGCAGUCCAUCAUCGUAGUGGUUAUUCUUUUUGCUGUGUGCAGUGGUAGAACAAUACAGCAGAGAGAAAAUGGGUUCUCUUUUACUGGUAACAAAUGUGUGAGCUGUGCAAAUGUUACAGGUUUAAGGAAAGAGUUGUCAAAGAUGGCUACACUAAUAGAAAAGAUUGAAAAGACAUGCAAAGUUAGAGAGAUCAAUGAGUGUGAAGCCAAGCCAUGUAAGCAUGGAGGGACCUGUAAAGACCAAGUCAAUGGAUACAAAUGUUCAUGUUUACCAGGAUAUGCUGGAUCGAACUGUGAAAUAGAGAUUGAUGAGUGUGCAGCCAAGCCAUGUCAGCAUGGAGGGACAUGUAAAGACCAAGUCAAUGGAUACAAAUGUUCGUGUUUACCAGGAUAUGCUGGACCAAACUGUGAAACGGAUGUCAAUGAGUGUGCAGCCAAGCCAUGUCAGCAUGGAGGGACAUGUAAAGACCAAGUCAAUGGAUACAAAUGUUCAUGUUUACCAGGACAUGCUGGAUCGAACUGUGAAAUAGAUAUUAAUGAGUGUGUAGCCAAGCCAUGUCAGCAUGGAGGGACAUGUAAAGACCAAGUCAAUGGAUACAAAUGUUCAUGUUUACCAGGAUAUGCUGGACCAAACUGUGAGACGAAUGUCAAUGAGUGUGCAGCCAAGCCAUGUCAGCAUGGAGGGACCUGUAAAGACCAAGUCAAUGAAUACAAAUGUUCAUGUUUACCAGGAUAUGCUGGAUCGAACUGUGAAAUAGAUGUCAAUGAGUGUGCAGCCAAGCCAUGUCAGCAUGGAGGGACCUGUAAAGACCAAGUCAAUGGAUACAAAUGUUCAUGUUUACCAGGAUAUGCUGGAUCAAACUGUGAAACAGAUAUUAAUGAGUGUGUAGCUAAGCCAUGUCAGCAUGGAGGGACAUGUAAAGACCAAGUCAAUGGAUACAAAUGUUCAUGUUUACCAGGAUAUGCUGGAUCAAACUGUGAAACAGCAACGCAGUGUCCUUAUAAUUGGAAACUAUACAAUGGCCAUUGCUACUUUUUUGCAAUACAGAAGUCGACAUGGUACGAAGCUAAGAGUCAAUGUUCACAGGCAGGUAGUUAUUUAGCUGUAGUUGAUAACAGAUAUGAAGAUAUGUGGCUGCAGAGUAACUUAAAGGACGGUGCCUGGAUCGAUGCAACUGACUAUGGGCAUGAAGGACGGUGGAUAAGUUCUUAUUAUGGUAGAAACUUACCAUACACGCGCUGGAGAGGUGGAGAACCUAACAAUUCUAAUGGUGGUGAAGACUGUGCAUACAUGAAUGCUGAUGGAUGGAACGAUUGUCCUUGCAACGAACAUAACAUACCACAAUAUAUCUGUGAAAAAAUCCUCUAAACACAGUUGUUCGAGGAAUUUUACAAUGGCAUAAAAAUAUUUAAGCUGCUUUUCUAUCUUUUGACAUUUGAUACUUUAAUAUAAAUGAAAUAUAUGUAUUUAUUUAGUUGAUUAUAUUCUAAACAUAAAAUAUGAAUGUUUAGGAAAGCAUGUACAAAUAAAUACAUGAGAUGGGAUAAUACCAAAAUGCUACAACUGUCAAUUGCAAGGAUCAACGUCAAUGACAAGGAUAUAAAAUCCUCCAGGUUAGCGUAUGGACGUCAACAAUGA